AUGACCGAGCUCUCAGCCACCAGAUCCCCCAGCCCCUUGGGGGUGCUCAGGGGUGGGCACAGCCCGGCCGCGGCCCCAGCACACACAGGGCGGGAGCAGGGGCGGGGUGCGCCAGCCCCGCAGUGUGUUCGGAGCCCAGCGGCUCUGAGUCGCCGCCACCAGCCUGGCCGCCUUCUGCUCCACGUAAGUGAAGUCAGCCGUCUAGGGCUGCGUUUCCAGCCAUCUGUCCCUCCACAGAGGCUCACACCUCCCUCCCCGCUGUUCCCACAGCCUGGCUCCGGGCCUGCCCAACACAGAUGGACGCUUCCCAAAGGCUGUGCGCGCCAUCGCUGCCACCGGGCUGUGCCGAGGCCUGCGGCCGUCAGGACCCCAGAGACGGCGCGCCAGGCAGGGUCCAGGCCCCCCAGCGCGGACCACCCUGAGCCCGCCGGGCAGCGCCGGGGACCCGGGCGGGAGAGGGAGGGGCUGGAGGGAGCUCUGGACCCUCCUUCCCAGCCCGGCCGCCGGCACCUCGGCCUCUCCCAGGGCCGCCCUCGGCCUCCCCACUCCCGAGUCCCCGUCACGCGGGCCGCGGGGCCUUUGUUAGGAAAACCGGGCGGCCCCAGGGGAGCCCGCGGGACUUCCAGCGCCCGGGCGCGUCGUUUCCCCCUGAAGUUUCACCGCAGCCCCCGCAGGUCAGGCUCCGCUCACAGGGGGCUGCGCUCAGCCCGGAUGGGUGGGCGCUGGGCGGGCUGGCUCCACCCUGCCGUGGGCACCAACUUUGAAAACGGCCCGUGCGCUCCACUCGGCUGCGGCGCAGAUCCGGGAACGGCAGCCGCGGGCGGAGUCGGGGGAGAGCGGCGGCGGCGCGCGGGGCGGACGCGGCACUUACGGCCGCACACACCCACCUCGCAGCAGUCGGUGGCCGCGGGUCUCGCAGCUUUAGAGCCGCGGCUUCUGGCGGCCGCGCGGGAGGCUGAACGGGGUCACACGGCUUCCCUGCUUCUCUUCCUCAUGCCUGGCCCCCUCUCCUCCUCUCCCGUCUCUCUUCCCGUCUCUCUUUCUGGAUCUGUUUGCGCUUGUUCUGCAUUCCCCUGUUCUCCAGGGCAGGAACUACAUUGGUCCGUUCACUCCUCGCCUGGACCGGCACCGGCACAGAGGGUCAGGAGUCUUAGCACCUGUCUUCCGGGUCUCCAUCCCUCCCUUUGUUUGUUGAGUGACUGUUUGUUCUCAUUUCCUCAUCACACAGUUCUUCAAGAGGUAUCAUUAUCCGCAUUUUAUUUUAUUUUCACCUUCUUUUCUGUUACCUAUAUGUUUGAAUUUUUCUGUAAGUAUUUUUGUUUUAUCUUUGCUUUUUUCAAUUAAAAAAUCAGUUUUAAAAUUGCACCUGCAGUACAAAAUCGGCGUGGCUGCUGGGUUUGUUGCCAUUCCCUCCCCUUGGGUCUGUGGCUUCUCAGCCCCAGCUCGGGUCAGACCUGCUGCCAUGGCCCCAGGGUGGGCACAGGGCUCAGAGCUCAGAGGACAGUCACGCAGGCAGCCGCGGCCCCAGCGAUUGGUCCAGGAGGAGGGCAGGUGACCACACGUGGCCAGUCACAAUCCUUCCCCUGGGAGUUUUUGAACUGGAACAGGAGAGGAAGAACUUCUUUGGUCUGCGUGGGAGGCAAGCCCAGAGUGGCCUGGACGGCUGCUGGGAAGAGAGGGUGGGCAGAGCGGCCAAGGGCGUGCUAAUGGUUGGGUCUGUGGGGCCUGAAGCCGGUGCCCCUGCCCUUCCUGUAGUUGGGUGCUUGAGCCAGCACAGUCCCAGGUCUCCCUGAUGCCUUCGAGCUGGGUUUCUGUCACUUGCGGCUGCAGCAUUCUGGCACAGACCCUUGGCAGAGGUGGGUUUGGGUCUCCCCAGCCCCAGCAGCCCCAGGAGGCUGUGAGAUCUAAGCCGGAAGCUGCUCUGGGCACCUGAGUGCUGAGAGCCUGAGUGAUGGGAACAGGCCUGCUGCGGUGCAAAGGCAGAGCGACUCAUUUUUAUCAGCCAGAGACCUGGCCAGGCCCCAGGGUGGACAGUCUCCAAACCGCACGCAUCCCCGGCACUGACAAAGCCGUCUAUCAUCACUGGAGCGAGGGCACCCAGGGAGGCUCUGCCAGGCCACGGGGUGAGGGAGCUGCCUCCCUCCAAUCCUUUUCCUGCGGGGCACUGAGACGGCUUUCAGCAAGACAAAUCCGGCUGUGCCACUCCCUGCCCGAGAGAGAGUCUCAGCUCCCGCGCAUGGGAUGCUGCUGCUCACCCCCACCGCCUCUCUGAGCUCCGGCCUCACAGGCACACGCCGCCCAUCUGCCCGGAACCUUCUGCCCACAGACUCCUCUCAGCCUCAGGUCCCGCUGAGUGGCCAUUCCUGCUGGGAGGCAGGGAUUCCCUGAUCUGCCCUUCCUGAGUCCGGGACAGACGCCUCCCGUCCCCCCAGGAUAGCCCCUUCACAAUUGUUCACAGGUCUCUGUGUUCUCCUUGAACAAGUAUUUGGCGGACCCCCUGGAGCCACAGCCCGAGGCUUCCUGCCCCCGCCCCCGGCACCCUGGGGACGGAAUGUCCAGGACCCCACACAGGGCCUGUGUCGAGCGGUGUCAUCGGGUUUGCUGCUGAAUGAGCAGAUGAUCUAAUGAGUGACCAUCCUCACCCACGACAAAAAACGCAACCUGGUCUCCAUCUGCCCAAUAGAUCGGCCCCCAGUCUCGCUGUCCCCAGCAAUGACAGAGGAGGAGCAACAAGGAGCGCCGUGCCUGGGCGGAGCCAUCGCCUCUGUCCCUCAGCUGGGCUUGUCACACUCAGCCAGACCUGCUCCUGGUGGAAAGGCCGAGGGACUCUUAUUUCUGCCUUUGCAUCCCUUUCUCACAGGCCCUGCGGGGCUGACAGCCAGUGGGGGAUGGCUCCACUUCAGAUGACUUUGUGGCUGCCGUGGGCCUUGUCACCUGUGUUGUGAGCGACAGAGAUGUCCACAGAGCAUGUGGGCUCUGCUCCUGCCCUGGGCGAUUGAGGGCAGGCGGCCUCUAACAGCUGACACCAUGUCAGGACAAUGGCCACCGAGCCGGAGGCCAUUUCCUCUGGAGUCCUGGUGCUUCUGGACUCAGGCGUGAAUGUACCGUGGCCAUGCCUGGGUGUGGUCAUGGCCCCUCUACAGCUGCCAGUCAGAGAGCUGCCCAGGAGCUCCCAUUCCUCCUCUGAAGACUUCAAAUCCCACCACUGACCAAGACAGCCCCCUGGCCACAGUGGGCGCCCCCAGCCACCACGAUGGUACCCCAGCUGCUAUGGAAAGUCCCCUGACCACAAAGGCACCCUGUCCACCAUGAUAGGCCGGCCACCCAUCUACUCUGACAGCCCCCUGCGGCGACAGCCCUGCCCAAGGCUCCUGACGCCGCCCAGGGCUCCUGACCCCGCCCAGGGCUCCCAACCCCCAGGCCUACUGAGUUCCUGCUCCCUGAGGCUUUGGGAAAGAGACCCUGGAGUUAGCUGUCUGUAGGAGAGCCCUGGAGGGCGGCUGCCUGGCCCCAGCCCCAGAGGCCGUGUAGAGCUUCCAGACAGAAUGGCCAGGAAACCUGGGUCGGAGCCCUGUUUACCACACGUGUGACGGAGGGCGAAGACCCGCUUCACGGGAGAAUCCCAUGCACACGGAGCUCACGGCCUGUCCCAGGGUGGGCGGGAGACCUUCACCCACCCACCGGGUCCCCGGGACACAGCGUGUCCGCCUGCUUGUCCCCGGGGCUCUCAGGGUUCUCUGCUCUUUGACUGAGCCCAGGGACGACCCUGCUCCCCCAGACUCAGAGCCCAGCAGCUCCUGGAGGGUGGAGGGUGGAGGAACGCAGAGCUUCUACAGGCCUCACAGGCAUGGCCCAUUUCAGUUCCAUGGGUUGGGGCUUCCCAGGAGGGGACAUGGAGGCCCAGAAGGCAUUUGUCUGGAGUCACACAAUCCCAUGGCAGAGGGAGGCGAGGCUGGGACCCACAGGCUCUGUCUCCAUCAGCCCAACCUGCAGCUGCCCCACCUGGCCUGGUGUCUGUUCCUGGAAGACCUGCUGGUGGUGCCCCGGGAGAAAGGCGUUCCAGGCGUGGCCGGCGGGGGGACGGCAGGGGGACUGGCGUCUGCUCCUCGGCUGCCUCCCUGACUGAGUUUUGAACUGGACUGCGUGACCCUGCCCUCCCUCCAUGCCUGCUCCAGGUAGCGUCACAAGGGCCUGCAGCAGCUGCACCGAGCCCGGCCCCCGGGGUUCUUGGCUGCCCGGCACCCUCUUGUCCACACCGUACUUUGCCAGGGCCUCUUAAAUGCAGAGGCUGAACCACAGACGGAGUGGCUCACCCGGAGACUGCAGCAGCCUGAAGUCGGGGCCCUCUACGUCUUCGUCCCGCUCUCCCCCCGAACAAAGCCGCCCUUGGGCUUCAGGAUCCAGAGGCUGUGCCCACGGGCAGCUGCCCAGCAGAAUCACCGUCGCGCGGGACUGGUUGCUGGCUCCUCCCCCAUCGACCCACUCUCCAGAAUCUUCCCUCUCACCAAAUGCUCCAGGUGGCUCUAACCUCACAGUCUGGGCAGCCAGCUGAUGGCCCCAGAGGUUCCCGGUCAGAAGUGCUGCCUUUCCCUGCCCUCAGGACACCCGCACCCCACGCCAGGGCACCCAGGACGGAUGCCACUGCCUUUCAGGGCUAGCAGCAGACAUGGCAGAGCUCUUUCUGGGGGGCUCCCACCUGACCCGGGACAACAGUGCUGCUCACACAGCACAAAUGGGGUCGGAGCUUGCUCAGAGACCACGGCACCCCUCAGCCCGGGGAGGGUGAAACGGAGGUGACAGCCAGUCCCUCCACCCCCAGGCACGUCACCCUGCUGACCUCCACACCUGUCCUCACUGUACAUCUAGGAGGCCCAGAGAGGGUCGGUGGCUCCCCUGAGACACACAGCUGUGACGAGACAAGGUUCUCAACAGACUGUCAGCCGAGCACAGAUAAACUCAAAAGCAGAUGCACGCAGUGGAAUACUAUUCAGACAUAAGAAGAAAGGCAGGUCCGACACACCCUCUAGCGGGAUGGACCCAGAAAACACGGGUGAGUGGAAGAGCUGGACACAGGAUCCCACUUACACAGAAUGCCGGAAAAGACAAAUCCACAGACGCAGGAAGCAGAUGAGUGGUGGGCAGGGCUGAGGGAGGGAACGGGCCUGACUGCCCACAGGCAUGGGAUUUCUUUUGGGGGAAAAUGCUCUAAAACUUGUUAGCAGUGAUGGUUGCACACCCCUGUGACUCUGUUAAAUGCCACUGACUUGUGUACUUGAGAUGGGUGAGUGGUAAGAUGUGUGGGUUAAACCUCAACAAGGCUGCUUGAAAGUCACAGCAGACCUGGAACCAAAGCUCCUGUGAGCCGCUCGCACUCCCUCGCUCACAGAGAGGCCACGGAACUUUGUCGGCGCACCGGGCACUAGCGGGAUGGGUGUCAAGGCCGUGCAUGCCCACGAAGCCAUAGGAAGCCUGGUCAGGCUGUCAGAGCCUCAGACGGCACAAGCCUAUCCUGAGAGGAAAGGGCCCUGGAUGCACGCUGUGGGCGAAGAGGCCUAAAAUAGCCCAAAGCUCCCGGGGAGAAGUUGAGGUUGAUGUGGUCACUUCGAAUGGGGAACUCCUCCAAGAAGGAAAGGAGAAGUUUUAUGUGGGGCGGGGGCGUCAGAGUAAUGCCAGGUCCUGGUGCAGAGCUCGUGAGUGCCCCACGUCCCCGGACAUCACCCACGUGUCGUCUGGAGCAGAAGCCGGCUGGUGGAGAGGCGUCCUCCCCAUUCUCAGAUGGGGAGACUGAGGCCUGGGUGGGGGCAGGUGGAGAAGCACAGUCGCCACCCAGCAGCCCAGCACUAACUUUGGAGGGAGACAAACUCGCUCCCCCAGGGCCGGGGGCUGGGGGCCUGGGUGUGGCCUUCGGAAGGAGAUGAACUUGCUCAUGGCCCAGGUCUGCGCCGGCUCUGCUCUUCCCACUGCAGGCUGUGGGUCCUCUGCAGGCCUCUCUCAUGCUGCAGACCUGGCUCCCUCAGGGGAUGGUCAGAGUGGGACCCUGUACCGCCUUGGCCUCCCUUUUCCCGUUGCCUCCAUGGAGCAGGCCUGAGUUCCCAGAGGGCUGAUUCCUCUGUGCCCCGACCCCUGGCAGCCCUGUCAGCUGCUCAUUCACCCAACAGAUGAGUGCUGCAUGCCUGGGCUGUGCCACCCCAACCCAGGGCCAGGAUUCGGAGGGGAACAGAGAGAAAGCCCCGUCCUCGCGAUGCCAAGGUCCUAGCAGCUGGACGGACAACGCCCCUGUUGAUUGACGGGCUGAGUCAUGUGCCGACGCCCUUACUGGCAGGCACGCCGCAUGUGCCAGAGGUUCAGGCCUGGCCUGGGCCCGCCGUGUCCUGGUCUGAUACACGCUACACGGACAGUCACACGAGCAGCUGCUGCGGCCAUGGACGGGCGGUGGGGACGGGGCAUGACGCUGUCGGGGAGCAGAGGGGCCUCCUUGCAGAAGAGAGUUGAAGUAGUCCUGGUGAUGACGAUGGGCUCCCAGGAGACGCAGAGAGAACACCUGUGCACAGCCAAGGACGGAGAGAACUUGUGGGCACACCUGGGGCUGGAGGCAUGUAGGUGUUCAGGGUCUGCGAGGAGGCCCGGGCACUGGGGCAGCACCCAGCGCUUACAGAGCCUGCAGGUCUUGGACAGAGGUGCUGGCACAGGCAGGAGGUGGCAUGGGUCAUACCACCGGUAAAAACCAUGCGCAGUAGAGAAUGUUCUAGAAAUAAAUGUGAUGCUGUGAUUGCCUGAGAAGGAAUCCAGGUGCAGGAGAGGGAGGGUCCCAGGAGAACCCUCCUUUUCCUCCUCCUUCCUCCCAGCUGCUGGGAAAGGUGAUGGAGGGAAAAUGGGAGCAGGGCAGAGAUGGUGUCUGGGAUCACUGGAGGAAACGUGGCUCAUUGUUUAACAAGAUCAUUAAACCUGUCAUCCCAGCACUUUGGGAGGCCGAGGUGGGCAGAUCACCCAAGGUCAGGAGAUCGAGAC